AGUGGAUUCAUUUAAUUAGAGUUGAUGAUUCAUUUCUUAAUCGAACUUUGAGUUAAAGUCGUUGAAUGACCUGCAGAUAUUGCUGUUCAACUGUUUGACUGUCCGAGAUCCUCAGUUGCUUCUUCCUCGCCUGAUGGAAACAUGUGCUGAUCAUGGAGUCUAUUUCAAGAAGGCGCUGUUUGUACCGAGUCUAUCGGUGUAUAACAAAGUUGGAUCCCAAGCAUCAACACUGUCCGAUUCUCAAGUUGAUCUGUCAUGGCAGUUCAAUCUUCAAAGAGUGUGGGAAAAUCUCGUGCAAAGCAACAAAAGGUAAAAUUACCGACAUUGUUUCUGAAGAGCUAAAAGAUGACAUGGAAAUGAGUGCCAAUAAUUGCGAACAUAGUGCAGUGUUCUCCUCGUUGCCUAUGGUAAUCAAAUGGCUUAGGGACAGAGCGCAACAAAAUCAGUCGGUUCGUUUUCAGGUCCUUGUGACUGGUUCGUUACAUCUUGUUGGCAACGUUUUGAAAUUAGUUAAGAAGUGAUUCGAUGGAAAAAAUUUGAAGUUUCUUUCAAGAUGGACUUGCAUUAUAAUUUCGAAACACACCAAGAAGUGCUGAAAAGUCCUAACACAUGGGCAUCAACCCUGCAGCUCUAGACUCCAUUGGUUAAUCCUUAGGAUGGUGGUUUUCUAUAGAGAAUUUUGAAGAAUUUCAAUUUUCAACUGUAUGGUGGUAACUAUUGGUUUUCAUAUUUAAGAUGGUUUCAUAAUUUGUUAUCUUUUUUUUAAUCUUUUCUCUUGAAGAAUUGAAAAAAAGUAUAAUUUUCACUAGAUUCAAGGCUUUGCAAUUUGUCCUUACUUAUUUAGAAAGUAGCGUAUAAUAUAUUUCAAAAUUUCGAUA